AUGACGAAGGACGAUUCAUGCGGGAUGCAAAAUGUCUCUUUUGAUGUAUAUUUUGGCGCGAAAUGGUACAUCGGGUCCAAAAGCACACGAGGUCGAUGGUGUAGAAGAGAAUGGACCUCACCUGCCGACGCCCGAAGUACGGACGCAUCGCGGGGGAGAGGAAUUCUCUACCAGUCAGUCUUCCUAGGUAGUCCUGACAACUCACGACGAGAUAACUUGGCCUUUACAUAUGGUGACGCAAGCAAUGCUAGUAUAGGUAGUGGUGAAGGUACAGGAGAAGAAGAUGAUGAUGCCAAUGGCAAAAAGAACCAAAAGAAACGGGGGAUUUUCCCCAAAGUAGCGACAAAUAUCCUCCGAGCGUGGCUGUUUCAACAUUUAACGCAUCCGUACCCAUCGGAAGACCAGAAAAAACAAUUAGCGCAAGAUACAGGGCUCACAAUACUGCAAGUUAAUAAUUGGUUUAUCAAUGCGAGGCGUAGGAUCGUACAACCAAUGAUUGACCAAUCGAAUAGAGCCGUUUUCCCGCCACAUGCAGGUCCAUCAGCGGCGUACGGUCCCGAAGCUAUGGGCUGGAUGGAUGGUCAGGCGCAGAUGAUGCAUCGCCCGCCUGGGGAUCCAGCCUUCCACCAAGGCUACGCACACUACCCACCUGCCGAGUACUAUGGCCAUCAUUUGUAAUGGGCACCACAGAGAGGAUCAGGUAGGAAGACAAUUGGAUUGUAGUACAUCCACCAGAGCAACUUGGCCAGCAGAGUGUGAAGAGCACUGAAGGAUGUUUUCGUUGCAGUGUGUCAUCUUUUAGUCAACUUCUCAGCAAUCCCAGUGAGAUGACCCUCGGCUCAUGAAAGCCACGUUACCACCAAAAUGUCUAAAAAGCCAGGAAUUUAGUGCGUGGAAGGAUCAAAUCGGUGCAAUCAACUUUUUUUUUCUCAAAUCCUUCACUCGAUGCAGAUCAUCUCUAAAUUCAUCAAUGUCAAAAAAAAAAUACGGAGAAAAACUUUCGGAACAUCUGUAUCGAGGAAAAACCUACAAAAAAAGUUAUUAAAUAUUUAAAAAAAAAUCACAUAAAAAUAGAAAAGAAAACAACGACCUUCACGACUGGAGUGACUGGGAGGUGUGAGAGCAUCUCCCAAUUAAAAUCGAUCUUAAACAUAAAACUAAGAGAAAUAAAAUGGGUAAAAAUGUGAUUUAUUUGUACAAAAAAAAAUGUAAAGUGUUAAGAGUGUCGUGUACAAAGAGAUAGUGAAGAAAGAAAGGGAAUGAAGCAGUGAUAGGUAAACUGUGUUCCAACCGAAGACACUUGGACGACGCUAGCGAGAGAUGAACUCAUAAGUUUCUUUGAGAGCAGAUGAAAAGUUAAGAAAACAAUGGAAAAACUACAGUGAUUAAUUUUUUAAGUAUAGAGAGAGAAAAAAAGAAAUGAAAUAUAAAUUAUAGUGAAAAAAAUCUAGCAAAAUUACUAUAAAUAAAGUAAAAAUGAAAAAAAAACGAUCACAUGCAGCAACUGGAGAGUGUGAAUUAAGAGAUGAUGAUGAUUUUAGGACAUAGACAAGAGCAUUAAUAGGAUAUUUAAUAUAACAAAAAAGUCGUAUAAAUAUCAGUGGAGUGUUUUUCUAAAAAAAAAUCAGUAAAGAGAAAACAAAUGAAAAAUUAGAAUUAAUAUAUUUAAAAAAAAAUGCAGUAAUGUAAAAAGCAAAAAAAAACAUUUAAAAAAAAUAGUGAAUCUUAAAUGCUGGUCAUUGAACGAGAAUAAAUGUGGAUAUUAAACUCUGACGAUUUGGAACCGUAGAUCAACGCCCAACAAUCAGCAGACUUUAGUGAAUUUCUCCUACAAAAAAUAACCACCAAAAAACGCAAGGAUUUCCACUGAUAUUGGAGCGCUACAGCCGCGGAGGAAACAUUAAAGAAAAAAAAAUGAGAAGAAUAAGAAAACAGUGAAAAUCUACGCGCAGGAUGAUGUUUACUGCACGAGGGUUUGCAGUGGCAAUACCGACUGACCGGAUAUGUCAUUACUUAUAAAUAGGAAUUUCAGAAUGAUGAAAGAAUUAAUAUAAAUAAAAAAAUGCAUAGCUGUAAGUUAAAUAGAAAUAUUUGAGGAUGAGAAGUAAUAAGAAGAAAUUAUAAGAAGAAUAAAGAAAGGAAAAAAAUUGUAAUUAUAAAAAAAUAUCUUGCAAAUAACGUAAACUAUUAUUAUUGUGUAUAUUAUUAUUAUUAUUAAUUAUUAUUAUUACAAUUAAUUAUUAAAUAAAAAAAAUCAAUUCGUUUUUCCGCAGAGCUCGAAAUUUCUCAAAUAGUUAAAAAAGAAAAGAAAAAAAUUCUCACAACUCCAUGAAAAGAAAAACAAUAGAAAAAUAUUUUCUUCUGUACAAAAAGAUUUUUUAUUUUCCACAAAAUGAGCCAUCAAGUCACUAAAAAGCAGAAUUUUUAGAAAUAUUAUAAUAAAAUACCUGAAUGAAAUGAAAAGAAAAAAAUAUAUCAAAUUUUAAACUGUUGACUAAUAAAAAGAAAAAGAAACCUCUAGAAAAAUUUGAAGAAAAAACCACAAUCAUUCAACCAGUAAAGAAAACAUUUAAAAUUUAAAAAAAAAUGAAGAAAAUAGAAUUUAUAGUCUCACCACAAUCCUUUGGCUCCGUUUGUGUAAUAAAGUGAUUGUAAUAAGCAUUAAAGAGAAGAAGAAAAUAACAAUUUUUUUAGAUAAAGAAAAAGAAAUCCAACAUGGCAUAAAAAUUAGCAUUAGGACUUGUUGUCUAAUAUUCCCGGAGGAAAAGAGAAAAUCUGCUGCCGAAUGCAAAAAGGACAAAAAGGGAUCAAGGUUCAAGAGGAAAAAUGUCUUCACGGUGCAGAACAAAAUCUUCAUAGACUUCAUAGUGACUCCAACACAGGUUAAAAAAUUUUAUUUAUUUUUUUUCAUAUUUUUUCAAAAAUUUUUAAUUUCUCUUCAUUUGCAAAAUUUUAAAUUCUCUCAUUUAUUUUUGAAUAUUUAUUUCUCAUUUAUUUUUCAAGUACAAAAUGCUUUUAAAAAUUUUAUCUUGCUUUUUGUUUAAUAAAUUUUUUAGUCAAAAAAAAAAGUAGGAGAAGAAGAAGUAAAAAAAAUUAUAUUCAACUCGAUAUACGUAAUUUUGAAGGACGAUUAAACAUUUUUAAAAGUGAAAAUGAAAAAUUAGAGCUUUUUGCUACAUUAAUUACAUAAAGAAAAAAAACUACAUUAAAAAUAAAUUACAAUGGAUUUCUAUUUAAAAAAAAAAGAGAAUGGAAGAAUAAAAAUAUAUAAAUAUAUUUUUGCUUUAUACAUAUUGAAUUUUUUAUUGAAAAAAAAAAGAAGAAAAAUGAAACAUUUUGAAGCAGCAUGGAAGUGGAAGGAAGGGCUAGCAAUCGACCAAAAAAGAUGUAAAAUGAAAUUAAACUUCCACACACAGAAGAGUUUUCUUAUAUAAGUUUUUCUUUUUCAUAUAAAAAGAAAGAAAAGAAAGAUAAAAUCCCGCGACAGAUCAAGUUCUACAGGGUGUUUGUAGUACGAAAAAAAUGUAACAAAAAAAAGAAGAAAGAAUUAUUUAAAAGAGAAUAUAAAAGAAGAGAAUGGCAUGCGAAAAAGCAUUGCAGAAGGGACGCAUAAUUAUUGGGAAGAAGAACAAUGUAAGAAUCUCAAGAAAAUGAUAAUAAACAGCCUCUUAUCGACACGCCUAAAUCAUCCAACUCAGUAUACGAUAAAAGAUAUACUCACUUUUGCACCUGAAAGUGAAACCAAAAUAAUUGUGAAAACUUUUUGGAUAAUUUUUAUUUUUUCUAUUCUAUUUGCGCGGAUUUAAUCACAAUAAAAUUAAAACUAAAUCUCGUAUGGAAUAACAGGCUGGCUGCAGCUUAAGAGAAAAAAAGAAAUUGUUAAUAAAUAUUGCUUACAAAAAAAUUCAAAAAUAUAUAUGCUCGUCCUUAAAUUUAUUUUAAUUUUUCAAAAUUAUUCAUUUUCUUUUUCUAGAUAAAAUCAUGGGAUUAUCCUUGAGUUCCACUUCCGCAUAAAAGUAAAUUUUAGUGAGAAAAGAAAAAAACACGGAAACAAGAAAUAUCCUUAAAUUCGAUAACGUUUUGGCUGUCGUCAAAAUGGUUUAUCCAUUAUUCGCCUUAACCAUGUAUACGAAAGAAGAAACUUGAGGAAGAAUAAUUGAGUAAAUUAAGACAGGACCUUAUUUAAAAAUAAUAAAGUAAAUAUUUUAAUGAGAAAUAAAUAUACAAAAAAAUAAAUAUUUAAAAGAAAAGAAAAAGAAAAAUAUCGUUGAGUGAAGAAAUCUUUUCAUCCUGUUUUUGUCUUUUUUCUGUUAUGUGAAUUAAAGUAAAGAAAAAAAAAACUCAAAUAUGCUCAAUUUAAUAAACCCAUUUUGCAAAAAAAACAUAUAGAACAUCAUGGGAUUUCUUACAAAAAACAAGCAAAUAAAAUAUCUAAAGAAAAAAUACCUGUAAAAAUGGGGAAAAAGCAAAACUAUUUUGAAGCAUACUGUGUAGGAGGAUAAAAAACAACAUACAUAAUUAUUGUAUAAUAAAUACCUCUCUGUACAUUUGCAUUAUUACACUUACACAACAUAAUUUCUGUAUAGUCUUUUUCUUUUUAUUUGGAAAAACCAGAAGCAUUAAAUGCGCAUCUUGUGUAAAAAAAAUUAAAAUAA